AGCUGCACUGGAAGCUACAGCAGGGAGUCUAGCUGACGAUUGAUCAGGGCAUCAGCAGAGGUCAACAUGGGGAACUUGUGUGAGUGCUUGGGGAAUUUCUUCGGCCGGAAGAACACCAAUGUGCGUGUUAGUCUGCCGGCUGUCUGCUUCAUCUGGCAGAUUGCUAUGAUUGUACUGUUUGGAAUUUUCAUCCGGUAUGAUGAGGAAUCAGAUGUGAAGAAAUGGUUAGAGCUCAAAAAAAGUGCCAACAUCACCAGCAACAUCGAAAAUGACUUCUACUUCAGAUAUCCAAGUUUCCAAGACGUCCAUGUCAUGAUCUUUGUUGGAUUUGGUUUCCUCAUGACCUUCCUGAAACGCUACAGCUUCAGUGGGGUUGGCUUCAACUUCCUGAUCGCUGCCUUUGGUCUGCAGUGGGCUCUUCUUAUGCAAGGCUGGUUCCAUUCUCUGGACCCCGUCACCGCAAAAAUCUCUAUCGGAGUAGAAAGUAUGAUCAAUGCAGACUUCUGCUGUGCCGGCUCUCUGAUUGCCAUGGGUGCCCUGCUGGGGAAAGUAAGCCCCGUCCAGCUGAUGAUUGUCACUUUAUUUGGCGUCACACUGUUUGCUGUGGAAGAAUACAUCAUCCUCGACCUCCUUCAUUGCCGAGAUGCUGGUGGCUCCAUGGUCAUUCACGCCUUUGGAGGGUACUAUGGUUUAGCCAUCUCCUGGGUCCUUUAUCGACCGAAACUACACCAGAGCAAAAGCCUCAAUGGAUCUGUCUAUCACUCUGAUAUGUUUGCCAUGAUUGGCACACUUUUCCUCUGGAUGUUCUGGCCCAGUUUUAACUCAGCCAUCACAGACCACGGCGACGGGCAGCCCAGAGCGGCCAUUAACACUUACCUAGCACUCGCCUCCUCUGUUCUCACCGCUGUGGCCAUCUCCAGCAUGUCUCAGAAGAAAGGAAAGCUGGACAUGGUGCAUAUCCAGAACGCUACUUUGGCCGGUGGGGUUGCCAUGGGAACAGCUGCAGAGUUCAUGAUCACUCCUUACGGUUCACUCAUCGUGGGUUUCUGCUGCGGCAUCAUCUCCACCUUUGGCUACCUCUUUGUCACGCCCUUCUUGGAAAAGACCCUCAAGCUCCAGGAUACAUGUGGCAUCCACAACCUGCAUGCUGUGCCAGGGAUGCUCGGGGGCUUUGUAGGCGCCAUAGUUGCUGCAUUCGCUAAUGAAGACGUCUAUGGCAAAGAGGGGUUGAAACGUGUAUUCGACUUUGAAGGCGAUUUUGCAAACAGAACGCCAGGAACCCAGGGAGGCUUUCAGGCGGCUGGCACAUGUGUGGCUAUUGCAUUUGGACUUGUUGGAGGAGGGAUUGUUGGUCUAAUUCUGCGGUUCCCUAUCUGGGGCGACCCUGCUGAUGACAACUGCUUUGAUGAUGACGUUUAUUGGGAGGUUCCUGAGGAGGAGGAGGAGGAGAUCAUCCCUCCUGUUUUGGAGUAUAACAACCACAUGAUUCACAAGCACCAAGACAUAUCGGAGUCAAACUUUUCUGUGGAGCAAAGUUAGAAAGAUCAACCCUCCUCAGAGAAUUUUGAACUUGAUACAGCUGUGAAACGACACUAAUUUAUGAAGGAGCCACCCUAAAAAAAAAGGGCAAAUCUACGAGACAAGGAAAACACACUGAAUCUGCCACAGCCACACUUGUCAGUGAUUGGAAGCCCUAAGGUUGUGAUAAUGUUGACCAAAUAUCUUAUUAAUGUAAAAAUAUUUUUGAAUCAAACUUCUUGAAGGAAUUUAAAAUUAUAUUUUCAUUCCCUUUUCUAUUUUGGAUGAACAUUCUUAAACUUGCAGAUUCUUAAUGUAGGUUAAAUAUAAUGUACUCGAUUAAAGCAUCUAAUACAUGAUCAGAAAUCAAAUACACUUUGUUCAUCUCAUGCACGCUGAUCAUGAAGGACAUAAGAACUGAAGAAAACGUGUAUAUCAGUUGUUGUAUAUAUUUUUUCUUUAAUAGCCACAGGAACUCCUGCCAUUAAUUGUUGAAUAAUGUCACUGACAUUUGCCAUGAAGAGUCUGUUGACAUGCAGUUUAUUGAGUGUUUGUUCAACAAAUAAGGUUCAGCCAAAUUAGGCAUUUUACGAGUUGUAUGUCUUACUUAGAUAUUUCUUUAAAAUAAUGUAUAGGUCUUGUAAGCUGCUGUACAUAUGAUUGUAUCACUCUAUUUGUUUGGAAAAUAACUUCUUAACUAUUACUUUGAAUGAUUUGGUUGCUGUAGUGUUGAAUAUAAUGUAAUUGUAUGACUAUAUCCAGUUUGAGAUGGACACAUUCAUAAAUCACAUGUAGCUGGCAUUGAUCAAUAAAGUUGUAUUUUUGUCAUUAUCAAGCA